UAUUAUUAUUCUUGCUUAUAACAAUCCCCUGCUCAGACAUCUCUUCUUAAUUUCUUGGCCUUCUGCCUCUGAAUCUGCUCAACAAAAUGAAGAACAAAUCUGGAAGCAAAUGGAGGGUAAGCACAGGAUUCAGCUUGAGAAGGAAGAGCAGCAAGGAGAAAGAGGCUCAGGUUUACCCUCUCAUUCCACAGCAGCUUUCAUUUGCAUGCCAAAUGGCCAGGCCCUACAGGCCUUCUCUUGUGCUCAAUCUGGAGACCAUUAAGGAAGAAGAUCCUUCCAGAACACCUUCAUUACAGUACCAGAACCGUGGAGAUCUUGACCCGACCAGGACGCCCCUGUAUUUUCCCAAGGGAAAGAACAAAUCUCACACAUUUCGUUUUCAACGCUACGCCAAAUUGAUGUGGAAGGUGCACGCCAGAAAAAUUCAGGUCAAGCUCAACUACGCCCUUCGAUUCUUCAGGAAAAACAGGCAUCUUUCAUGAAUUUGUUUCCGUAUAGUUAUUAUCAUAUCAGGUCAUCUGUUCAAUCUCUUGUUGAUGAUAAUACACUGUAAAUUCAAAGGCGAGGAGCCGGUUUUUCUUACAACGGAGUUGAAAAUUGAGCAGUUGUAAGUACAACUGGUUUUUCCGUUUUGUUGCACCUUUCUUUAACUCUGUCAACGUCUUGACUUAACGGAUUCCUUUAUAUUUUAAUACUUGUUGUGCGAUCAUGAAUGGCCGACCAUUAAUUCUUGCUGUGUAUAAAUGGCCAUCCAUUUAAGGGUUUGUAGUUAUUUGAUGAGGAUGACAGUAUAAUUCAUUGUGUCAUCUAUCAAGAUUUUCAUUUUCCGAAUAUGUUCGAUAUCUAAAUUUUCUGAAGAUAUAAAUGAAUUAUAUUUGAUUCC